AGGCUACAUACGCCUGCUGUGUUCUUGCUGGAGUGACCCUACAAUUUGGAGUCAUGCUUCUUACUCACCAGAUAUGUAGAUGAAGUAAGUAGAAUUACUUCAUUACUUUACUUAAAUACUAAAAUGCUUUUUUAGUUAAUUGCACAUUGAGUGAAUCAAGAGAUCAAGCUGAUCUUAUAAGAAGACAUUGCUGCUCCCGUUCUGCCUUUCACUCUGAUAACCUUUUACUGUUUUUUAUAAUAACUUCAUUUUACUUUCAGGACUUCAUUACUACAUUUUACAAUAAACUACUGCAGUACCUAAGUACAAAAAAUGUAGAACACUUCAAUACUUCUACUUAAGUGUGGAGCUUAAACACUUCAGCUUUUACUCAGGUCACUUUUUUGAUAGAGCACUUUUACUUUAUACAUGCUCCUUUCUAACACAGAUCCUCCCUCUCUUGGUGAGAGCUGGUCCUGGUGCAGAACAUUGUGCAGAUAGGGAUCUGGAGAGUGGGAGUCUUUCUUUCUUUCUGCUGUAUGUUUAGUAAUAACCAUGGUCAGAGUCACCCACAUGAGAAAGGCACAACAAACACAGCGUUACAGAAGCCCUCAUCUUCACGAACCAACCCAAAAAGAGCUGAUCACUUCCCAUAACAAAGAGUCAGAGAGGGAGAGAGGGUCAGCACCAUUCCACCACUUUCCAUCUCAUUCAGGCGACACUCGGAGACUUCCACAGUCUCUUACAUCUCUCUCGCUUCUUGGAUGGGAAUGCUUUAACUUUGGGAUUUAAAUGCGAUUACCUCACCUUGUCUCUGGAUCUGUGUUUUCUGUGGACUUUGAUCUACUAGUUCCAUUUGGAAAGGUCUGAUUUCCAUGGUGAGUUUACCUACCUACCUUUACCUUGUUUCCUGAUGAAGAAGUGUUCAGGAAGGGUUUGUCUAUCAUCAGUCUUUGGCAGUCAAUUGUUAUUGUUACUGCCACUGGGAUAACUAGAUUCUACCUCUCCUGCUGCUGCCAGAAAAUGUCACAAGUGUAACCAGUUACAUACCCUGGUUACUCCUGGACUCGCCCGUCAUUGGCUCAACGUCCUCCUGGGCUGAGACCUUUCUCAGAACCUUUGUCUGCAGUAAAAUAUACAAUGGUUGCUGCCUGUGAACUCAUUGCUCUGUGUCUGGGUGUCAUUGGUCUGGUGGGCACUUCCGCAACUACAGGCCUCCCCAUGUGGAAGGUGACGGCCUUCAUCCAGGAGAACAUCAUAGUCAUGGAGACUCGCUGGGAGGGUCUGUGGAUGAACUGCUUCCGACAAGCCAACAUCCGCAUGCAGUGCAAAGUGUACGACUCCCUGCUGUACCUUCCGGCGGAGCUCCAAGCCGCCCGAGGCCUCAUGUGUUCUGCUGUUGCUUUGAGUUUUUUGGGACUCAUAACAUCCUUUCCAGGCCUCGACAGCACAGCCUGCCUUCAAGGCCAACCUCGCAUCAAGUCCCUCCUCCUGGCGAUCGCUGGAGCAAUGCUGGUCAUGGCUGCCCUCUGCGUCAUCAUCCCUGUCUCCUGGACAGCUCACGUCAUCAUCCAGGACUUCUACAACCCUCUGCUGCUGGACGCCCAGCGCAGGGAGCUGGGUGAAGCGCUCUACAUCGGUUGGGUGACGGGAGCAAUUCUCUUUGUCUCUGGUGUGCUUUUCCUGUCCUGCCGAUCUUCUUCAAAAUACGGUUUGUCUCAGCUGUACCAGCCCGUCUACACGACCAACAGCUCAAACCUAUCCCAAACCUACCCCUUCAGGCCAGUGCCGAGCUCCAUCAACUCCUUACCCCAGCAGCCGCUCCUACAAGGCCACAACCUGACCCAUCAGCAGUCAUUAUCUUCAACCUACAGCCCUGUGGCGGUGAACACUGCGAGCCAGCCUGUGCUCUACAAACCCCAACUCGCAGCUCCCAGUGUUCCCGUGGUGUACAAUGCCCACCAGCACCAACAACUGUCUGCACAGGACUUGGAGAGACUUUCCAAUCACAGGAGCUCUGCCCACAUCAGCCUCAUGUCUGCAUCCCGGCCAUCGGCACAGCCCACCACACAACUACCGGUUGUGUAUGGAUACGGAUACUCCAGAAACGGGUCGGACAACACAGUGUCCUCAGCCAACUCCGGAGUGUACAUUUAAAAACCCUCCCCAUCCAAACAUUCUGCACACAGAAUGCAAAUCAGAGGAAAUUAUUGUAGUUAAUUGGAUAAAUUGGUCUUAUGUGUAAUGUGUGUUUUAAACCUUAUAUAAAUAUAUAUAAAUGCUUCUAGCAUUGUGAAGAUUUUCAUUCUGAACUGUGAAAUGAUCAUUUCUGUUCUGAAACUAUUUUAUUUGUAGUUAUAAUGUAUUAAAUUUUAAGCUAUGAAAGUUUCCUUGUACAUACCAGUGCUCACAUAGUAUUACUUAGACAUAAAUAGGGAUAUUAAUGGUUUUAAAGGUUUAAAAGCUGUGUUGUGUGAUUCUAUUUAAUAAAAUGUUAAAU